AACUGUUAGUAGAAAUUUUCAUCGUUGUCUUCUUGCGGUUUUGAGGUUGCACCCAUACUUGCUCGAAAAACCAAUACCCAUCUCUGAAGAUUAUGAAGAUAGCCAAUGGAAAUAUUUCAAGAAUUGCUUGGGUGCAUUAGAUGGGAAAAGCAUAAUGUGAUAAUGGUGAUGCUUGGCACUUCAGGCUUCUCUUGGGAUGAGACAAACAAGAUGAUGAAGUGCGAAAGACAAUCCUAUGAUGAAUUUCUCAAACUAAACCAAAACCGGAAUCUCUUGGCUCGCUCCAUUUCCGCCUUUGGAUUGUCUCGGUCUUUCCCUCUCUACUCUACGCCGCCGGAAAGCCGUUGCUUGUCUCGGUCUCUCCCUCUCUGUCUCUACGCAGCCGGAAAGCCUAGAUGAUUUUCGAUGGAUCUUCGUUUAUAGAUGUGGCAUGACCUCUCAUUUCUCUACAAUUGCGAGUGCUUUCUCUACAACUCAAGAACAUGAGCUAGCCAUAAUGGCUCGUGAAGAAGAAAGUGAGGCUAAAAGAGGACGUUGAAGCUAAAAAAGAAGGUUUAUUCCAUGAGGUGAGCUCAAUUCGUGGUCUUUCAAGAAAUCAAAUAAUGCUUGCAGAUGAGAAUAAUUUCUCUCUUCUAUCAUCGCCCUGAUCAGGAGUGGAAAGAAGAAAUCAUUCUCAAUAUAUUUAGUUUAGAUCUGUGUGGCUAGAGUUUUGGCUAUCUUGGUGAAUUUUAAAAUUGCUAUUACCCAUGUCACUUUUUAUGUGAAAAUAAAGUUAUGUUUCACCAUUUUUUCUACCCAUGUCACUUUUUAUGUGAAAAUAAAGUUAUGUUUCACCGUUUUUAAACAUAUUAUCUACUUUUUUUUUAAGGAUGUCACUUUUAAAGUAAACAUUAAUUUAUGAU